GCAGGACAUCUCUUCAGUGUGCUUCGCCCUGGAAUGGCGUGUUUCUCCCAGCUCCCAGCCCAAUGCUGUAGCAACCACUCAAUAGACCAAAGCUUGAGACCACUGCAGGAAUAUCUGUGUAGGUAUCUUAGGUUAGGAUGGCGCCUUGACUGGCUGUCCAUGUCGCCAGACCCAAUCUUCACAAUUUACGAAGCUAAGAGCUUCGGAGGCUAGGGGACGAUUCUGUUAGGAUUAUCGGUUUAGUCGGAAAACUGAUAUUCCCAGCCUGUGAGAUCACGUUUCGAGUCAUCAAAACCGUCUUCAACCACCCCGCUCAUCAUAGAAACACGUUUCGCGUUUCGUUGCGGUUGUGAAGCCAUGCGGCCAGCGACGCAGGAGGAGGAGGAGUUUCUGGAGAUGGAGGAGUGCAUGGAGGAGAUGCUUGUGGAUAUCCUCGUGGAGUGCAAGCUCGAUGAGGACAACUGCCGCCCACCGUGGCCCGAUGUAACCGAAGAAGCGGAGGUCAGGGUUGCUCAAGAUUGCGCCAAUGCACUGUGGGAGGGCAGUGGCUACUUUAAGCCGGAUGAGUCUGCUCUGCAACCAGGCACUGCUGGCACUGACAGCAGCACUAAGGAUGACAUCAACUCUGCGUUUGUCAUCUCCAUGCCUCCUCCCAACGUCACUGGCGCUCUGCACAUGGGCCAUGCCAUGUUCGUCACUCUUGAGGACAUCAUGGCUCGCUUCUGGCGCAUGAAGGGACGUCCCACUCUCUGGCUGCCAGGCACGGACCAUGCUGGCAUUGCCACACAGUUGGUGGUGGAGAAGAUGCUGGCGUCAGAGGGCAUCAGCCGGCAGCAGCUGGGGCGAGAAGAGUUCGUGAAGCGAGUGUGGGAGUGGAAGGAGAAGUGAGUGUGGGAGUGAAAGGAGAAGUGAGUGUGGGAGUGGAAUGAGAAGUGAGUGUGGGAGUGGAAGGAGAAGUGAGUGCGGGAGUGGAAGGAGAAGUGAGUGUGGGAGUGGAAGGAGAAGUGAGUGUGGGAGUGGAAGGAGAAGUGAGUGUGGGAGCGGAAGGAGAAGUGAGUGUGGGAGUGGAAGGAGAAGUGAGUGUGGGAGUGGAAGGAGAAGUGAGUGUGGGAGUGGAAGGAGAAGUGAGUGUGGGAGUGGAAGGAGAAGUGAGUGUAGGAGUGGAAGGAGAAGUGAGUGUGGGAGCGGAAGGAGAAGUGAGUGUGGGAGCGGAAGGAGAAGUGAGUGUGGGAGUGGAAGGAGAAGUGAGUGUGGGAGCGGAAGGAGAAGUGAGUGUGGGAGUGGAAGGAGAAGUGAGUGUGGGAGUGGAAGGAGAAGUGAGUGUGGGAGUGGAAGGAGAAGUGAGUGUGGGAGUGGAAGGAGAAGUGAGUGUGGGAGUGGAAGGAGAAGUGAGUGUAGGAGCGGAAGGAGAAGUGAGUGUGGGAGCGGAAGGAGAAGUAAGUGUGGGAGUGGAAGGAGAAGUGAGUGUGGGAGCGGAAGGAGAAGUGAGUGUGGGAGUGGAAGGAGAAGUGAGUGUGGGAGUGGAAGGAGAAGUGAGUGUGGGAGUGGAAGGAGAAGUGAGUGUGGGAGUGGAAGGAGAAGUGAUUGUGGGAGUGAAAGGAGAAGUGAGUGUGGGAGUGGAAGGAGAAAUGGUUGAGGAGUCUUGAGAUUUGAGAAGGACACUCGAAAAUAACGACCCGACUGCUGCCUGAGGUUCAACGUCAACGAGGCAUGCCAGAUUAGAGUCAACUUAUACAUAUGCAUUGUCUGUAGAAGUUAUAGGCUAGACAAGGUUGUGUUCUUAGGGGGUACAACACCAAGCCUAUAUCUCUCCUGUACUACCUUAUUCUAGUCACUUUGCUACUC